AUGUCAGGCCUCGAGGCUCUCGGCCUGGCAUGCAACAUCUUCCAAGUCAUCAGUUUCGGCCGCGAGACAGCCAGUCUAGUCAAGCGCGUGUACCGAGAUGGCUCCGUCGACGACGCCCUUGAGGAAAAUGCCAAGGACCUUGUCCAGCUUGCAACGCACGUCCAAAAUCUGGAAGUUCCGAAGAAACCGACCAAGCAAGAACACCAGUUGCUCGAGAUCGCAAAGAAGUGUCAGGCUGUUGCGCGAGACUUGACGGAAGAGAUUGCUUUCGUUGUCGGUCACAAGAAGAAGGGGAGCCUUGCUGCCACUAUCAAAGUGGCUACCAAGGCCAACUGGCGAAAGCGACGACUUGAUACCAUGGAGAGGAAGCUGAAUGAUGCCGAGAGACUGAUGCAGAGCGGCCUCCUUGCGCGAAUUUGUCAAAAGGCCGACGCCAUGCAACUUGACCUGAAGUCAAUCGACAUCAACCUGCAACAUUUCCUGCAGCAAUAUCAACAAGGUCACAGAGACACAUCUGACCUGAUUUCCACAGAGAUGUUCAGGACACGCAAUCACGUCACCCAUGAGUCACAGAAGGCCACUGCCCAGAUUCAGUCAAUGGUAGAUCAGCAGUCUGCACAACUUGACCAUACCAUCCGUAGUUCGAAUCAGCAAGUCACAAAUAAGAUGGAAGCUGUGACUCUCGACAUACAUCGAGAGGAUAAACGUCAACGCUUCCUUGCCAGCUUCAAAUUCCCAGGGAUGAAUGAGCGUCGAAAUCAAGUCAGCGAGGCGUGUAAAGGAACCUUUCAGUGGGUUUUUGCAGACGACAUGGGAAGGCUGGAAGAUCCAGACAACGAAUCAGAGUGGACAGACACAGAAAGCGAAAGCUCCGAUGGAAGCGGUGACUCUCAAGAUAAUUCCUCGGUUUGGACAGAUGAUUCGGAAGACCAGGACAGCGCUCCAUCUCAAGAUGGCGGCAUACGCUGGGACUCUUUCAUCGACUGGCUGAAAUCUGGAAGCUCUAUCUUUUGGUGCAGUGGGAAACCUGGCUCGGGAAAGUCUACACUGAUGAGAUACAUCAUAUCCGACCCGCGGACUAGAAACGCACUGGAGGUAUGGAGCCCCGGCGCGCUUCUAGUUUCACACCUCUUCUGGCGCCCAGGAAGCCUAAUGCAACAAAGUAUCAGGGGCAUGUUCUGUUCGAUAAUACACCAGCUUCUGGCAAAUGAUUCGUCUGUUCUUGACAGAGCUAUAUCUGCUUGUUCAUCGGCUGGCCAGAAGGACUCGGAUACAGACUGGUCUACCAAGCAACUUCAGAGUCUAUGCUUCAGCACAAUCGAACAGUACAGUCGACCAAUUUGCCUAUUUCUAGAUGGUCUAGAUGAAGUGAGCCCCGAUGAUGGUGUCGUACGGCUCAUAAAGACCAUACAUGAGUUGGGCACCGUCCCAAACGUCAAAGUUUGCGUUUCAAGUCGACCUGAGUAUCUCAUCGAGAAGCAUCUGGGUCACGGCCGCUAUCCAUUCAUCCGCUUGCAAGACCUCACGCAUCAGGAUUUACGAAUAUACGCCGAGAGCCACAUCAACUUCCCCCCUAAGAUGCGGAAAUACUGGGGAGGUCUAGAGGACCCGAUGGAAGCCCUUGUCCACAAGGCUGAAGGCGUUUUUCUCUGGCUCUGUCUGGCCAUCAAGAGUUUGAACCAAGGUCUGGACCAUAAAAACAACUCAGAUGAUUUAGAGCAAAGAAUACGGAGCUUGCCUGCCGGCCUUAGCAACUUGUAUAAAGACAUGUGGACCAGGUUGAAUGACGAUCAGUUACUUUAUCGUCAGAAAGCUGCUCUUUAUCUCCGCCUAGUAAUCGCCAAACAAGAAAGCGGAAUUAUGGGAUACCCCUUCUGGGGUCCCAAUGUGUUUUCGAUGAUGCUGAUAGCGACUUCGAUGGCAGACCGUGUUCUCGAACAGGAUGGUCACAUGUUCGACCCCAGUAUCCUUAUCACAGCAUGUCACAGAACUCAACGUGAGGUGCUCAUUCGAUGCGCCGGGCUAUUAGAACUGUCAGAAUCCAGUGCGAGGCUUGACAAGGCAACCCCGUGGGAUUCCGACCAAUACGACACUGUAAUGCCUCAUAUCACAGACGAAAGAGCUUUCCAGUUCAUACACCGUAGCGCAUAUGAUUUCCUCUCAGAUACGUCUGAGGGACAAGAGAUCUUGAGUCACUGCAAGCUCUCAGACCUGGAGCUCCAGCGUCAGAUUUUAUGUGCUUGGGUUACAACCUGUCAGUUGGCACUGAUUCUAAACACUACUGGUCUCCACUUUUCCGACUACUAUAGCCGGAAUGAGCUUCAUCGAAUCUUCGCAUCCAUCGAAGCCAUCGUUGUUCCUAGACUGGGCCAGCCAGACUAUCAAAGACAACACUGGAUGCAGCUCAUGAAGGCCUGCGAGCGGCUUUGUAGAUCAGGCCGGCUAUUACAUGUUGGCGGCCAUCCGAUCAACAUUUGUGGCCACGUUUCACAGACGAGAUUUUACAUGUUGGUUGCACGGUAUCAUUUGAUGGACAUUUUCUUCUACGAUACAGAAUAUCUCAACCUUCGACCCGAAACUCUCUCUGAAUUGCUUGUUGAGACUUGCAGCUGUUCGAUUUUACUCUCGUUUCAUGAUGCUUAUGCCCCAAGUCAGCAGCGACUGAUUGCUAAGCUUCUCCAGUGUGGAGCAGACCCAAACGGGAAAUUUGUAAGAAGCGAGCUGAGGUUUCCACGUAUGAGUGAGACACCACUUUCUCUGUAUAUCCGGCAGGAGGGCUGGCUGAGAUUCAGAAGUCGCGAAACUUGGCUUUCUUACCUUCGUACUUUGGAUCGCUUCGCAGAUCACAAUGCAAAUUUCCAGCAAGACGUCUUCCUCAGAUUAAUCGUCAGCAGUGAACUUGGGCACAUUUUUUGUUCAGUUGAUAUAUCACCCCAUUCGGUUUUUAAUGGGUGGACCAUUUCCUUUAUUCUGCCGGCAUCUGUUCUAGUCGCUUCCGCAGUCGCAGCCUAUCGCAAUCUAGGUUUGAGCUUAGCCCAGGAGUCCGAACACAUUUUGAGUCUUUUGGGCAGCAACUAUGGGACUCACAGCAAGCCCGAGGCUUCUGUUGUUGGUUUGGAAAGAUAUCCCCGCCUCGCGAGCCCCGAGUUCUGUGGAAAGCUCAGUCCUGAGGAUUCGGAUUACUUGUGUGAGUCCCUUAUCAAGUGGUUACUCUUGGGCUUCCCGGUAAGGGAGUUCGGCAAAGGGUUAAACACGUUUGAAGCUAAAGGCCUCGACAAGGGACUUGGCGAUAUAUUUGAUAGGAGCGAAUCGACUGGGAAGACGGCCCAAGAUCAUUUCAUAGACCAAGGUCUUAUAGAAGCGGAGGUUUACGUCGACGAUGAUGGAUUGCGGUAUUCCCGCGACGCUGCAAAGAAAAUGGCACCCGAAUGGAUCGGCGCGUGGCUUGGCCUGUACUAG